CAUCUUGUUACAGUGUUUACUCCAAACACAGGGAGCAAGCACACUGUCUUCGGUGGCAUAUUUUAAUAAAACCGAGCAUGUUUUAUUUCUAGUAAUCAGAACAUUUAUGGGGUGACAAGUAGUAGUAUUCAUCAGGUUUAAUGGGGCUGCUAGAUAAACUGUCAGGCUGGCUUGGCCUGAGGAAGAAAGAAGUCAAUGUUUUAUGUUUGGGGCUGGACAACAGCGGCAAAACUACCAUCAUCAACCAGCUGAAGCCAGCCAAUAAUUCAAAUCUUUUAGGCCCAUUCUCAGAGGAGUGGAAACAUGUUAGUCAGACACAGGCACAAGAAAUCGUCCCAACGAUUGGAUUCAACAUUGAAAAGUUCAAGAGCUCAAGCCUUUCCUUCACAGUAUUUGACAUGUCCGGCCAGAGCAGAUACAGAAAUCUGUGGGAACACUAUUAUAAAGAAAGCCAUGCCAUUAUAUUUGUCAUUGACAGCAGUGACAAACUGAGGAUGGUUGUUGCCAAAGAGGAGCUUGAUACUCUUCUCAAACAUGGAGAUAUGUGCAGUAAGAAGCUGCCUGUGUUGUUCUUUGCAAACAAGAUGGAUCUACGAGACGCCAUGUCUUCCGUCAAGGUCUCCCAGAUGUUGUGUUUGGAGAAUAUCAAAGACAAACCAUGGCACAUCUGUGCCAGCAAUGCGAUAGAGGGAGAGGGCCUGCAGGAGGGAAUGGAAUGGCUUCAAGGUAAUGUAGUUCCCUUAAUCAUGCUUACUAGGCUAAAAGAUACUACUACUAGUAUUAGUUUUAUUUUAAUCGAUAAUGUCAUCUGGAUCUUUUUUCCAACACAUAGAACAAAUUGCACAGUAAGUAUCACCGUAGUGUAUUGUGUUGAAUUGUGCAGUGAUUGUUGUAUUGUAUGUGGUAUAGUGUGCAUUGCAAAAAAAAAAAUCUAUAUGCAUGUGUGCUACACUAUGACAAAUAACACAAGUUACCCAAAUUAAGAUCUUCCCUCACCUGUCUGGUAGAUUAUUUAAUAUGUGUCUUGCAAAAAUUGAAACCACAAGCCAAAAUACUGUAUUUCCUCAUAUAAUGGCCUCCUCUCUAAUUGACACGAUGCCCGAUAUAGUCGCCGGGUGUAUCUUUCACUUAAACAAAUGAACGCUUCACCCCAAACAGAUGCUCCUUUUGUCCCUUCAGGAAAAAAAUAACAGGUAGUGGCUCUAGGUUGGAGUAGUUACCUCUACUAUGACAUCUGAAUGCACCACGUUUCACUUUUAAUGCAGCUCACACUGCCUGCAACACAGACGCCGCACCUGUAAAGCUGAAAUUCACAGUGCUUUACGUGCAGCUGCAAAGACAAGGGUGUAUUUCACAUUUUAAGAAUAACUAAAAAAAAUUGUGUUUGCAAAGAACAAGAGAAUGGUCUAAUGUGACAAGAAGAGAGAGUGCCUCACAAAACUGGGGAGAAAGCAAGUUCGUGAGAAGUUUGAGCUCUUUUAGGGUGCAUUGACACUAACCAAUAUAAACCGUGCUUGGCUAUUAAAAAGUCUCGAUUGUUUGACUAGUGUCAGCAAUGCAUACGCCUAGCCUUUUUUUUAACACCGGGGUGAGGGAAAUAUGUAAUUUUUCAAAAUAUCUGCUUUAGUGCGGAGACAGCCUGAGAUAUCAGUCUCCUUGCAUAUAAAAAUGAACUAGAACCACUCAAAAUAAGCCAAAAAGUCAGAAAGUUGUAGAAAUGCCAUGAAGUGAUAAUGUACAAAAAGUAUUCUUGGGUAACAUAUGAUUGUAGCACAGUGUGAGUACCAGUUGAGAAAAUGAUCAUAAGCUUUGCAUUAUAUACAGUACUAUUUUAAGACUCUACCCCCAAAUACACGCCUAGUCAUCUCCGCAGUUGAGUAAAACAAUCUCCGCCCACUUCUGAGGAAACGCAGUAGAAUAUAUUAGAGCGAUGCAAGUCGCAAGUAAUCACAAGCAUAAUAUGGCAAAAAAUACUAUGGCCUAUGACUAUUAUAUUUACAUUGGUAAAAUUGUCAAGGUUUGUUUCUGUCCUGAGUUAGCUGACUGAUGUUUUUUUCCCUGACCAGGUCAUAUCAAAACAAUGACAACAUGAAUGAAUGAAAUGCCCGUGACCAAGGGCUGUUGGAUGCCCUAACGUCAUCUAGGGAUUGUAUCAAGCUUUAUGUUAUAGGGCCUUAAAAGCAAAUAUCUAAUACAGGGGUCACCAACGUUUUUCCUUGUGAGAGCUACUUUUACAAAAUGAAAAUGGCCAAGAGCUACUCAUUUUUGUAACAUUUAUUUUCAGAGCUUAUUUUAAACCAACAAACAAAGCGAAUAUGCUUGUUUUACCAGAACAUUAACAAAAUGCUGGUGUCCACAACUCACAUUUUGUAUUUCAGAAUGCAUUUCUUUCUACUGUUCUUUCAUUAUUAACUAAAAACCUGAAUGAAAAGCAGGCUUGCGGGCACCUCAUGUGUUCGUGGGGGCUACCUGGUGCCCGCGGGCACCACGUUGGUGACCCCUGAUCUAAUAGGUUUAGAGUUUGGUAUUUUCUUUACAUGCUUCAUUCAAUUUACAGUAUUUUUUGUAAUAUUCCAUCAGCCAUGGUUACAUCACAAAACAUCCGCAAAAAGAGUUGUUUUUUUAUGCGGUGUGCUAACAUAACAUUCUUACGUGUAUGACAUUAUGGAUGACACUGAAGAACAGUUGUACGUAUGUAAAAAUCUUACCACAUGUGUACCAUUUCAGUAUUUGUGAGCAUGUUUUUUUCCAUUCAUUUUGACUUUGCAUGCAUAUGACUUUGACUUUUCUAUACACUAAAUAAUGUUUUAUGAUAGAAUACAAUAAAAGCUUGGUACAGAAUUUAAUGAUUGCAUAGUUUUUUUCCCCCUAGGAGGUCAGUCCAUCAUGCAACUUGGAAUUCCGAACGUUCUGACCAAAUUUGUGUGUAAAACAAAACCAUAGAGUACUGUAACUAUACAUCAAUCUGAAUAAACAUCAACACAACACAAAAACAGUGUAUUACAAUUACAAUUACAACAAAAAUUUGCUGUAAAUAAAUAGCUGUCCACAAACUUUCUUUUUAAAUAUGUGUUACAUAUUAAAUAGUAUUGAAAGGCUGGCUUCAUGCCAAGUAAUAAAAUAAAUUAAUUGAUAAAAUUGAACAUUUGCUAUGCUGUUCCAUUUCUCUCUGGCUUUAUCAUACAUAAAUGACACUUUUUUCUUGUUGUGCUCCUCAAGUCGAUUUGCAUCGCUCCUAUUUAAGCAACAUGUGGAGGAAUUUUGCAUGAAAUGUAGCAUUGGAGUGCAGGAGGAGACACAAGGUUCCGAAAGCAUCCCUGGCAUCAAGAUGGUUGCCUGGGAACACAUCGUGGCAUUAUUGACUUUUUGGUAGUGCAAUUGACAGAAGGUAGCUUAGUCAUGCCAGAAUGUCCUUAAGUGUUUGACCAUACAGUACAUCGAGGCGUGUUGCACCCAGUAUAUAAAUAUAACCAACACUGACCCCACUUACCUGCUACAUAAAACUCAUAAAACUCCCUGGUGACCUCCGAGAACAUGUUCUCCAGAUGAUGGAUGAAGAUGAACUUUUCAACAGCUGAGCGGAAGCCCAUGUGGAUCUGCUGGACCAGCUUCACCGCCCAAGUCAUUUCAUAGCCGUCCUUUUCACACACCUGAGGGACACACAAAAAUUAGCACACUAUAUUAUGAUUACAAAAGGGGCCAAUCCGACCGGAAAGGGGUUCCAAGACCAGCGUAAUUCACAUAUCGGAAAUUUCUGAAAUUUUCUGUGUUUUAAUGUCAGUUUGUUGUUGUUUGUCUAGCAAAUGUAGCUAGAAGAAUAUCAGCAAAAGUAGCCAAAAGAGUACCAGCGAAGGUAGCUGUCUCCACACAUGCACUGCAGUCGUCCUCCUCGCUCGUGCCGCACACACACACAUAAACACACACACAAGCACUCGGCAUCAUGUGUUCACAGCAACGCAAAUGCUUAACACGACACAAAACAUCCGCGUCGCUGCAAUAUCAUACUUGCCUGUAGAGAGGAGUUUAUUAAAGCCUCAUAUCAUAUCAACAAUAAUGGUAAUGUAAGUGAUUGUGACUUUAAGAGUGUUUGGUGUCCAACUGUGAAGCUGUGAACGCGUCACUUUAAGUGCUUAUGCGUGUGGACACAUCUGCGUUCGCUGAUAUUCUUCCAGCUUCAUUUGCUGUUAUUCUUUUGGCAUGGUUGAGUAUUAAAGCAAACAGGGCUCUGCUAUCUGAAUUCUAUCCGUAACGGCAGAUAUCCACAUUCUGGUAUCGGGAUCAGAAGUGUAUAAAAUGUGGAUCGAUGCUUCCGUAAUUAUAAUUUGCAUCAUGCUAUGUACAGUAUUUAUGUACACUUUAUGUUUACUUUAAACAAUGUUUAAUUUAAUUUGACCUCUAAAGAAUCAGUAAUUAGUAUUUAUUCCUUACAGUUAAGCCCCCAUCACACUAAGUACGAAUCAAGCAGAACCAGCCGGAAUUAAAACGUUUUAUAAAAUCCGCGCCAUAUUUGGGAGAGGAUUUGAACGCCGUUCAACUACUUAUCAGAAAUUUGAUGUUGGUGGCCGGUGGUAAGUUUGGUUCCUUUUUUUCUUGACGUUUCAGUGGCAGCUGGCUGCAUUUUUUUUUCAAAAUGGGAUCAGAAUGUUUGGACUGCUAUUUAAGAAUAUUUUCAAUACCGGAAUAAUAUUUAGAAUGCAGUCAGAGUGCAGUUAGAAUACCUUUAGAAUGCCGUUUGAUAUUGUUCCACUUCAAAUCUACCUCAAAAAGUUUUUAGCAUGCAAAAAACAUUCGGGCUGGCCACAAGAAUGGGUCCCAAUAUUUGGAAUGCACUCAGAAUGCAGUCAGAAUUUUUAGAAUGCACUUCAAAUAUCCAGAAAUAAACUAAUACAUUUUCAUUCUGAUGGCAUUCUGGCUCAUUCCGCCUCUAGUGUGACCAGGGGAACUACUUAAUAGGGGUGCAAUGACUCCUUGAAUCGAGUGCUUCCAUUAGAAAAAAUAAUCAAGGCUUUUUUUCUGCCUCGAAAAUUCACUUAUGUCACUAACGCGCUGACGUCACCCACGCAGAGGACAAAGGAGGAGCGGAUGUUUGAAGGCGCGGGAAGAUUGAAGAGGCGAGAGAACAAAAGAGAAGGAAAACGUAAAAAAACUGAGAGAAAAUGUGGCUAAACGGCAUGUUGAACACUGUGAUGUGUACCACAACAGCACAUCUUAUAUGUUGCAUCAUCUACUCACGAAUGGAGCGGAAGAUCGGCGAUAAGUAGGGCCCUAUGAUUUUUGCGUUAACGGAAUUGUGGACUGGGCCAAUAAAAACUACAUUUACUGUUAAACGCGGAAUCUCACGGAAAGUGAAAUAAUGUGAAGGAACGUUCAUGUGGGGAAGUAUUUUCGCACCGGACCGCUCAUUCAUGGCGGGAUCUCAUCAUAGUUACCCCCUCCCGAACUAAACUUGUCAAAACGGCCUCGCUUACGGAGCGUGACUGUGACUGUGUGUGUGCGACUCAGGCUGGGUGAGUGUUUUACACCGUGUUGUGUUUUACCGCUUUAAUGUAAGCUAGCGUUUUACAAUGCCCGUUAACGACCUGCAGGUUCAGUGUUAAAGGACAAGAGGCACAUUUAUUCUUCCACCCGGCUCGUCUUCUUUCAAAAAAAUUUUAACUGAACAAACGGAAUUUGGGAAAAAAUGAAACAGAUUUCAUAGGGCCCGAGACAAAAUAAAAUGAACGUAGCGCAAAUCAGUGAGAUUAAGGUUAAUGCUAGCUUUCGCUUCAUUAUGACUACUGUCGAACAUGUGGCAGUUUAUUACGAUGGUAACAUGACUUCAUACAGGGUAUAGUUCAUCUGCAAAAACACAGCGCUUUGAGUUAAAAAGAUGGAAAAUAAAAACAUUUUAGCUCACUAAUCAGUAGCUGUUCAUUUCUACCAGACAAUACUUUGUAAUAGAAUAAGGAAGUAGGUGUCUCACUCACUUCGUUGAGAGUAAUGUGUUCCACUACAGAAGGUGUCUUCACUUUACUUUGAACACUGCAAAAACUCUAAACUCUAAAUAUCUUAUAAAGAAUGUUUGUCUUAUUUCUAGUGAGCCUGUCUUGAGUUUAGGUUGUAUAAAUGCACAGCCAUCAACAUAAUGUAAGAUGUAAUUUUGUCUUAGUAAUGUCUUAGUAAAGUAAUGAUUAUUUUUCUCCUUGUCCAGUACAUAG